CCGUGAGGCCCUGCCACACGUGGACGUGGGCCGCGUGGAGCUGCUCGUCUGCGUGGGAGCCGCGCUGCGGGCAUGAGCCGCUACCUGCUGCCGCUGUCCGCGCUGGGCACGGUGGUGGGCGGUGCCGUGCUGCUCAGAAUUUAGCCUAUGGAAUAUGGGUGAAGCAAAGAAUGGGGGUGGCUCUUAGAGCAGGAGAAGGCACCGGAGCACAUUUCCCCGCACCAGGAACCCAGCCCUGCCCACCCCUUGCUUUGAUCCCAGGGAGGCCCUUUUGGACCCUGUCCAGCAAGCAGGGACUAUGUCACCGGCGGGGCCUGUCCCAGCAGGGCCACCAUUCCCGGGAAGACCGUCAUAGUGACGGGCGCCAACACGGGCAUCGGGAAGCAGACGGCCUUAGAGCUGGCCAAGCGAGAAACGGAACUCAUGGGGAGCAGUGCCCUCAGCACAUGCAGAUCAGAUCUUCCCAAGAGGCAACAUCAUUUUGGCCUGUCGAGUCCUGGAGAAGUGCGAGGAGGCAGCAAGAGAGAUCCGCGGGGAGACCCUGAAUCACAGCGUCCGUGCCCGGCGCCUGGACCUGGCCUCCCUCAGGUCCAUCCGAGAGUUCGCAGCCAGGAUCAUUGAAGAGGAGGAGCGAGUGCACGUCCUGGUCAACAAUGCGGCCGUCAUGCGGUGCCCCCACUGGACCACUGAGGACGGCUUCGAGAUGCAAUUUGGUGUUAACUACCUGGGUCACUUCCUGUUGACACACUUGCUGCUGGACAAGCUGAAAGCCUCAGCCCCUUCUCGGAUCAUUAACCUCUCGUCCUUGGCCCAUGUUGCUGGGCACAUAGACUUUGAUGACCUGAACUGGGAGAAGAAGAAGUACGACACGAAGGCUGCCUACUGCCAGAGCAAGCUGGCCGUCGUCCUCUUCACCAGGGAGCUGAGUCGGCAGCUGCAAGGCACUGGCGUGACUGUCAAUGCUCUGCACCCUGGCGUGGCCAGGACAGAGCUGGGGAGACACACCGGCAUGCACAGCUCUGCCUUCUCCAGCUUCACGCUUGGGCCCAUCUUCUGGCUGCUGGUCAAGAGCCCCCACCUGGCAGCCCAGCCCAGCACGUACCUGGCUGUGGCAGAGGAAUUGGAGGGCAUUUCCGGAAAGUACUUUGAUGGCCUCAAGGAGAAGGCUCCAGCCCCUGAAGCUGAGGACGAGGAGGUAGCCCGGAGGCUUUGGGCUGCAAGUGCCCACCUGGUGGGCCUGGAGAUGCCUGGUGGGUCCUCUGUGAAGGGACAGUUCCUCCCCAAAUAACCUCUGGGAGCAGGUGUGGAAACCACCUGGAAAGCUGAAUCACCAGGAUCCAGCAGCACGGCCAGUCGAGUCACCACCAUGCCCACAGCCCUCCAGAUGGCAAUAGUGGCUGAGGCACGCUGGCUGCCACACCCACAGCACCCUCCAGGGGCAGUAGUGGUCGGGGCACACUGGCUGCCAUGCCCAGGGCCCCCCAGGUGGCGGCAAUGGCCCUCUUCUUGCUGCAGUCUCCUGGUGCUGACUGCCCGGGUGGAGUGCUGUGCCCUGCUGACAGCAGGCAUCGCCAGAUGCCUCCCUGGGGACCUGCUGAGUGAGGAGUGGGCUCACUGUGUUGUGGCCACGUCAGGAGGGCUAGUGGUACGGGGUGGACCGUGUGGCCAUUGGAAAAGGUGACAGGCAUGCGGCCAAGCUCAUGGCUCCCUGUGUGCCCUGUGCACCUCACGUGUCCUCCGAGCCUUGGUUUCUCCAGCUGGGAAAUGUGCGGAAUGACUGGACCACCUGGGACCAGGUGUUGGCGAGCGAGUCACCGCCUGGCCCGUGGGUGGCCGCCGUGCGGUCCUUGCAAAUGGUGACCAAGGGCCUUCCAUGGCCAGUGUGCUGGGGACACAAAUCUCGGGCCUGGUGCCUGCAGCCCGGUGGGGGUGGCAUGACGCAAGAAACCUGCCAGCUGUUGCUGCGAGGGAGGAAGCGGGGUGCCCGGGUCACAGCCUCCCCUCAACCCCGUGGUGGCUGAAACCGUUAGACUCUGAACUUGCUCUUUAACAAAAGUAAUACAAAACCCA